AUGAGCCGCCUGGGAACCGAAUCCGCCUUCGAGGUACUGGCCAGGGCGCGGGCGCUGGAAGCGCAGGGACGCGAAAUCGUGCACCUGGAGAUCGGUGAGCCCGACUUCGAGACGCCGGAGCACAUCGUGCAGGCGGGUGUCAAGGCGCUGCAGGACGGCUACACCCACUAUGGACCCACGCCGGGGCUCCCCGAACUUCGCCAAGCGGUCGCCCGCAACAGCCGUGAGGUUCGCGGCAUCGACACCGAUUGGCAGCAGGUGGUGGUUACGCCCGGCGCUAAGCCCAUCAUGUUCUACGUGUUGCUCGCCAUCGCCGAGGCCGGCGCUGAGGUCAUCUACCCCAACCCCGGGUUCCCCAUCUACGAGUCCAUGAUCGAGUUCAGCGGCGCCAAGGCUGUGCCGAUGCAGUUGCUGGAAGACAAAGCGUACCACCCCGACCUGAGCCGUCUGCCUGAGAUGGUGAACGAGCGCACGCGGCUGCUGAUCGUCAACUCGCCGGAGAACCCCUGUGGGUCCGCCUUCACCCUGCAGGAGUUGGAGACCAUCGCCGACGUGGUGCGGAGCCACCCUGACAUGUACGUCAUGUCGGACGAGAUAUAUAAGGACAUUCUCUACUCCGGCGAGCACCACAGCAUCGCCGCGCUGCCCGGUAUGGCCGACCGCACCAUCAUCCUGGACGGCUUCUCCAAGAGCUACGCGAUGACGGGCUGGCGGCUGGGCUACGGGAUAUUGCCGGAGGAGCUGGUGCCUCACGUAUCGCGGCUGGCCACCAACAGCGUGUCCUGCGCCGCGUCGUUCAGCCAGAUGGCCGGCGUGGCCGCGCUAGACGGGCCGCAGGACGCCGUGCAGGAGAUGGCCGCCGAGUUCGCGCGCCGUCGCCGACUGAUCGCCGACGGGUUGCAGUCAAUCCCUGGCAUCAACUGCCCCGAGCCCGAGGGCGCGUUCUACGCCUUCCCCAGCAUCAAGGACACCGGCCUGACCAGCGCGGAGUUCGAGGAGCGCGCCAUGCAGGAGGCCGGCGUCGCGCUGCUAUCCGGCGCCGCGUUCGGCGCGUUUGGCGAGGGCUACGUGCGGCUAUCCUAUGCCAACAGCCAGGAGAACAUCAGCCGGGCCCUGGAGAGCCUGGACGCCAUGGUGCGAGGGUUGUGA